UGAAAUUUGUGGCUCCCUCUAUUGUAAGAUGCUUGAUGUAGGAAAAAAAAGUGAGGUCGUAUGUGGUCGUGCCGUUUGACAGUUCUUUCGACGUUCAUGUGCGCGUAUAUAUGUAUAUAGAUGUGUAUUUUUGACGCGCCGACAUGUUUAUAAUGGUCCGAAAUUAGAUGGUGCGUGCAAUGGUGGUGUCAGUUGAUGCUAUGUAACGGUGGAAAUAAAGGUUUUAGAGGUGAGAGUAGCGCGUGCAGACCAGAUAUGGCCGAAUCGGGAAUCGAUCUUGGUUUCGACCUGUCCGCAUAUAUGUCAGAUGAUUUCGAUCUGCAAAAUCUAAUCGAUUUUGAUGAUCUGCUCGGCACGCCUAAGAACCAGGAGUUCUUCGAGCUUCGAUCCAAAACAAUGCCGGUUACCGAAAGUCCCCCCAAUUUAAAGACGGCAACUCCAGUAUCUCGAACUCAAUUGAAAUUACAAUUGAUGCGAGAACAAGCUUUGCAGCAAGAAGAACGUUUACGGGCUGAGCAACAACGAAGAGAAGCUCAACGACCUCCUGCUCCUGCUGUUAAAGUGCCUAUUCAUAGUAUAGCUUUGGAUGUUCCUCCACAAGUCUUACAGGUUGAAACAAAGUUAGAAAAUCCUACUAGAUACCACGUGAUUCAAAAGCAAAAGAGUCAAGUGAAACAGUAUCUAAGUGAAUCUUUUCAACAGCCAGCUAACGGUAGCCUUCUUUCUCAUCUCCAUCAAAAGAUCUAUCCAUCGAACGUUCAAACUCAUAGUGCUCCCGGUUUGGGGAACGGAAACUUCUCGAAUGGCGCCACCAUCGCCGCUGCCGCAGUUUCAUCUUCGGCUAAUGUUUACGGUCAAUGUCCGAAUCCUAACUUAACUCAUUCUCAUUCCUCUUAUUGUCCCGGAAAUGGCCCUUCUCCUAGUCCAAACGAUAGACUUUCGGUUACGUCGCCAGCACUUAGUUCUGGAGCAACCAGUGCCUCGGAGGCCGAGGACCUACUGGAUGACCUACUGUCGCUGGAAUCUAGUUCGCUCGCGUCAGACGGUUUCAAAACGUCCGAUAACUCGUUGACUUCCACCGAGUUGAAUAUCAAAAAUGAACCAGCGAUAUACACCGAUGCGGAGCUGCACGCCCUGGCCAAAGAUCGACAAAAGAAGGACAACCAUAACAUGAUCGAACGAAGGCGAAGGUUCAACAUUAACGAUCGUAUCAAGGAGCUCGGCACCCUUUUGCCAAAGAACAACGACCCAUACUUCGAGAUCGUACGGGAUGUCCGACCGAACAAGGGUACCAUCUUAAAGUCUUCCGUGGAGUACAUCAAGUGCCUUAAGAACGAGAUCCAAAGGCUUAGACAAAACGAAGCCAGACAAAAACAAGUCGAGCUUGUCAAUAGACGUUUGCAACAAAGAAUACAGGAAUUAGAACGUCAAGCAAAAUCUCAUGGUUUACCCGUGUCGGACUUCACCUGGCACGGAUCCACGUCCAGUUCGUCGCUUUACACAAAUGGUUCCUAUUCUAAAGUGCAAAAUCCAACCGCGGCUAUUAUGUCUUCUAUACAUCUAUUAACUGAGCCUAACCCAAAGAUGCCAGAUGUAAUAACAGACGCAACGCUUGGUUUAUCUGGAAUGGAUGAAUUAAUGGACGAUGAUGAUCAUCCUGUAAAUGGAGUAAAUGGUGAUCCAAUGUUGUCUUCACCUCACCCAUUGCAUUGCGAUCCUUUGUUGUCCUCCCCGGAUCGUGGAGGUGCUGUAUCCGACUCGAUUCUGCUGGAACCAAGGCUGCCAACGCCAACGAGCCACAUCGAUCCCGUCGACGGCGACACCCUGGACAUAGAUAUGAUCGCGUGAUGCCGUUGACGGGAUUCGAAAUCGAAUGUGGCCAAGAUUUUCUUUCUUAUUUUUUUCUUUUCUAAACCGAGGAGUGUAGCAGUACGAAUUAUUUCUAGGAAAUAUUGAAUGUCUCCGUAGUUUGAAAGCAAUUGUAUUUUAAUCUAGUAUUUUAGAGAUUAGUUGCGUAUCCUGAGGCGAGAUUCGGCUCCCCCUAUGACAGGCUUUUCGAGUACUUACUCCGUGGGCUCAUAUUGCAUACAUUAUGAAUCUCGCCGCUGCGUACGCUUAGGAUCCCCGUCUCCCUCAUGCCGCGACGGGGUUUUGUUACCAUAACGCACAGUGACAUUUUCGAUUGUCAUAAAAAAACGAGUAUUAAAAUGUGGUACGUAUGAUGUACCCCGGAUCCUCCGUGCCUUAUCGCAAAAAGGUCCACUACUUUCUAUAGUGAUAUUAAUAAAAACACUCAAAGUACGCCUUCCGAUUUUUUUCAAGUAGAUUGUAAAAACAUGUGAUAUACUGUUAAAAUUUUCAAGAGUUUAUAUAAAUAUAUAUAUUCAAAAUACGUAUACAUAUACAAGAGAGAGAUAAAAUUAUAUAUUAUAUAUGUAAAAUAACGUACAAAAUGGUGCCCCGGCGUUCAAAACGUCCAAUUCACUGAGAACCAGAUUUUUUUUGUUUGCUAUGCAUACAUAUUACGGAACUUGUUGAUUAUACAAGUUUAAAUGUUACAA